CCAAUCGUCACUUUUUCAAGGAGAAAAAUUAAUCAAAUUAAGGCUACUUAUCAUUAAUUUUUCUGAGAUCUUUUUACGACCUUGAUGAUGUCCAACGCAACGGAUUGUACAACUUAUGUUAUCUUGGAAAAUGUUGUUGCACACGAACCUGAACAAUGAAGUUUAAUAAAUUGGUAUCAGCUUCCAGGAGGAAGAACAGAAAGAGGCAUUUCACAGCUCCUUCAAAUAUCAGAAGGAAAAUUAUGAGUGCCCCUGUAUCUAAAGAAUUAAGAACUAAACAUAAUGUUAGAAGUGUACCAAUUCGAAAAGAUGAUGAAGUACAGGUUGUUAGAGGCCAUUACAAAGGGCAACAAGUUGGUAAAGUUACACAAGUUUACAGAAAGAAGUAUGUUAUCUAUGUUGAAAGAAUUCAACGUGAGAAAGCUAAUGGAGCUACAGUUCAUGUUGGUAUUCAUCCAUCAAAAGUUGUUGUUGUAAAAUUGAAAAUGGAUAAAGAUAGGAAGAAGAUUCUAGAACGUAAAGCUGCUUCCCGUAAAGGUUUGGCUGAUAAAGGAAAACACACUGAAGAAUCUAUUAUGGAAACCUCUUAAAUUAAAAAAAUUGUAAAGAAAAA